AUGUCAUUUUACCGAAAUGCGUUUGGUAAUCCAGUCGUCGCUGAAGCUCCCGGUUAUGGUAACGCCAACCCCCUCUUCAUCGACACUCGCUAUUACACGUCAGUUCCGGAGCUUUCACCCGACAUCUCGCCCCAAGAGUAUUAUGGCCCAGAACCUAAAUCGAACGCGAUUCCCGAGCAAACCUAUUGGCAUCCACAAGAGAACCUUAUCUACCGAACGCCUCCGGCGUCAGGGUCAAUCACCCCAGUCGAGCACCCCGGUGCGAUCUCUCCACAUGAGUCAUCAGCGAUGAGACAGAUCAACGAGAUGCCACAUCACCGGUAG